AUGGGCGUGAAGAAAGUGAAGGCAACGCCCUACACCUGCCGCCCCUCGGACGGCAGCGCGUACAACGCCACGUUCUUUGUGAUCGGCGACUGGGGGCGCAUGGGCAAUGGCGACCAGCGGCAGGCGGCCAAGAUGAUGGCUGAUGUGGCGGCCUGCAUGAGGCCGGACUUUGUCAUAUCAACGGGGGACAACUUCUACGACA